AAACAUUUACACUCACGGUCCCUGCAAUUCUGAAGACGACAAACACGCUAAUGCUGCUUGCGCUAUAUAUUUUGUUGUCUUAGUUUAGGUUUUACUUCUUAUAAUGAUGGAGCUGACGUCAGAGAUGUAUCUGUUUCUCAUCACAAGUAUUCUUGGCAGUGCUGGAUCAUUACUGCCGUUCUUAAUGCAGUUGAUAUUACGAACAGUAGGAAAAGAAAGUCAGGCAGAACGACUAUUGCGACAGGAGAUCCUCAAGUUAAAGCAACAAUUGCAAACCAUUAGUAUGGUAGAUCAGUUUGCUUCAUAUGCUAAGGUGCAACGCAAGAUUAAUGCUCUUAGUCAGCAAUAUAAGGAUAAAGCAAUGGAAAGAAGUGUUGGAGAACAGCGUGUACGAAUGGUCUUAGGAGGAACAUUACGGACCAUAGUGGGGCUCUUGUGUGUAUGGCUUAUCUGGGAACAUAGAUCAGAUCCUGUAGUUUCUCUACCAACAAAUCUUGUGUGGCCCUUUGGACCUAUUUUGGCACUGCCUUCCUGUGAAGUUGGUCAGAUAAGUGUCAUGAUAUGGCUCGCAGUUGUCCGAACUGUCUGCAACAAAGUAAACACUGCACUUACAUCACCCAGAACAACACCACAGCGAGCAACUCCAAUCUUCAAUCCACCUCCUGUAUCUCCAACAGCUGUGCCAGUAGCUCCUCCGUUAGAUUAGAUUAUAUUUUUUCUAAUUAUUACAUGCCAAAUGUACACUAUCAUUGUUAUGUAUAUGAUGGAAACAUUUCAGAGCUUAGUGUUCCAAGAUUGUAUAUUGAAAAUGUUUAAAGUCACAAGCUUUGUUAGUUUUCCUAAGUGACAUGGACCCUUUGAGUUUUGUUUGUCCUUUUUUGUAGUUGGUCUUUUAGUUUGAUAUGUGAUAUACUACAACACAUAUUUUUUUAUUUUUGCAUUUCAUAUUGAUGCAAUUUACCAAGGCUUAUGCUUUGUUAUAUUUAGUUGUUUCUGUUGGUAUACAUUUAUGCACAUGUGGGUAUUUGUGUGUGUAUUUCAGUUCCAGAAAAAAUAUAUAUGGAAUAGCUAUAAAUACAUGUAAUUGCUGUUGUUUUCAUUUAAAUAUUUCUUUUUCAUUCUUCAUAUUCUUUUCAUUUUAGGCAUUAUCAUUUGUUAAAGAAGAUAUUCCAUUAUAUGUCAUCAUUAUUUUUGCACCAUCCAAUAACUAGACCUUUUGUAACCCAAUACCAUGGAAUGACAUGCAACUACAUGCCAUGUCCACUUUGUUUAGUUUAUCAGUUGUCUUUACACAUAGACGGCUCCACAAGUACUUAGUCACCAAUGAGCCAAUUACCAGUACAUUGAUAAUCAUAAUGUCUCUAAGGGUAAUAACAGCAUUAAAAUUGUUAACUUUAGUGGGGGGAGGGGGAAUAAGGUGAGGUCACAAGAACUAUAAAAGUACUUGUGGAACCAUCUGUAAGUAGAGACAUUUCAUAAAACGAUACUACAGUGAAGGCUACAUCUUCCCAGCAGCAAUAUGGUAAUAAUUAUGCUUAAAACUUAUUUUGGUAAGACUGAGAUCUGAUUUUCAGCCUGCUGGGUUGAUGAAUCAUGUAAUCAAUAUCUUUAUAUUUUCACUUAAAAAAAGUAAUUUCAGGCAGAUACAUUAUUUAAUUGUUUUGUUGUCAUUUAUUCAUAGAAAUAUAAAAUUAAAAGUGAUGUGAAUCCUGCACCCAUUAUAAUGGUUCCUGAUUAAGGAAAAAGAUCUUAUUCUUUAAUUUUUUUUAUCAUCCCAAUAGUGAACUGUAAUGGUUGU